AUGAACAGCGCUGUCUGCAUUCUCGAUUUACCCUCCGAAGUGCUCGCUCUUAUCCUUUAUAAGCUCAAUCUUGAGUCGCUCAUCUAUUCGAAACACGUAUGUCGGCGAUUUUGGAACACUUUCAAGAACAGCGCCCUUCUACAGUACCGAAUUGAACUGGAGGAAGCAUGUCUUCAGGAUGACUCGUCGGAUUAUGAGUCUACUAGUGUUCGUUCUCGCCUCGAAAAGCUCAGAGCUCACUGUCGUGCUUGGAGUACUUUGUCCUGGUCUGAGCCGGAGGUGAUCGAUGAUUGCAGCGACGCGGUAUGCUGGGCUCUUGUAAGCAAUGUGUUUUGCAUCGGGAGGCCAGGCGCUGUUGUAUGCCGGAAUAUCGGCCCUUCGAUCCCAUCUAUGGGACGGAGAACUUGGACGAUUGAACAUUGGAUGAGAGAGUAUGAUCUGACCAUCGAUCCAAUGCAAGAUUUGUUAGUUGUGAUGGGGAACAGUGACGAUGGGUCUUCAGUACAAAUAAUCUUUCUGGAGUUAUCAUCAGGUGUACCUCAUCCAGCUGCGAACGGGAUAAUUUCGGUCCACGAAACAUCGAUCGGCUUGGCUGAAAGACGAUACAUGGUUCAGAUUGACGGGUCUAGACUGGGAAUAUUGCUCGAAGGUAUUGAUGCGACAACCUUUUUUAAUGUCUGGGAGUGGACAUCUGGCCACCUUGAAUGUGACCUUGAGCUGUCUUUUUUGCAGUCAUUUUCCUUUCUUCCAGGCGACCUCGUGCUUUUCGCCAUCGCCCCUGGUAAAGCCGAAGUCACGCAGCUCAUCGUAUGCGACCUCUCCACGGACACUUACCUCGGGCGUAAAAUUGUCUUGAAUACAUCCGAUGAUAUCGGUCACCUGCCCCACAUCUGCAAGUUCAGGUUUUACGAGAACGAAGAAGACAAGACCAUGCUAGUACGGGUUCAUCCUACAUUGUUACCCAGCCAGUGUCCCGUACCUCCUUCGACUGGGGACUACCCCUCUUUCUGGCCCAAGGCCAAGGCACAAGUACUUUCUAUCACGCUUCUACUAGAAAGCGCUCGGAGUAGAUACGAAGUGCCAGUGAUCAUUCUGAUCCCGCUCUUCGAGAUCAUGCGCCAUAUCGAUCGCGCCCGUUCCACAUCUUUACUUCCCCUCGAUAUACGCUGGGACGAAUGGGGCUCAAGCAGUGCUCACAAGGAGUCAGUGGGACGCUACUUUUACUCUGAGUCGACACACGGUACUCGCUUUGCAUACCUUUACCGCCUUGCUGUGGGUAUGAAGGUCAACCCUCGGGACUUCAUUAAACGUCGGGAGUUUGUCUCUAUCAUAGACUUCAACCCUCAUGCACCGCGAUGCACUGACACGAGUGGGCCGCAAGAGGAGCUAAAGGGGAAGUGGAGCUCUACUCCCCAUCGGCCCGGGACUACCGAAGCGCCUCAAGGGUUCAAAGGAAGCAUACGGUGGGAGAAGGUCCUACUAGGUUCCGACUCAAUGGUUGCUAUCUAUGAUGGGCGCGAAGAUGGUAUAGAAACUGUAUUCGCCAUUGUCACGCUUCAGGAUCCGGCAGCAACAGAAUCAGACACUAUGUCAGAUAAAUAUACCCAGGGAUUGGAGGAUUAG